AUGCGGCUGGCCACUGUUAUUCAAACAAUUCAGGAUAAAUACAUGGCAAAUGUUAGUGUAGGAAAGGCUUACUGGGUAAGGAGAAAAGCAAGGGAAGAAGUGCAUGGAAGGGCCAUACUACAAUAUGCCAAAUUGAGAGAUUAUUGUACUGAGAUUUUAAGGGCAAAUCCGGGGUCCAAGCUUAGUAUUAUUGUGGAUAGGCCAUCUUUGACACACCAACUGAGAUUUAUGAGGAUGUACAUGUGCCUCAAUUCGGUGAAGCACGGCUUCUUGGCUGGUUGUAGGCCGAUUAUAGGAGUGGACGGGUGUCACUUGAAAGGGGACCAUGGUCAACAGCUGCUAGUUGCAGUAGAGAGAAAUCCUAAUGACAAUUAUUUACCAAUUGCGGUUGCAGCAGUGGAGGCAGAAACAAAGGACAGCUGGGGAUGGUUCCUUGAUUUGUUGCUGGAUGAUAUCAGUGAAUCAAGAAGAUGGGUUUUCAUGUCGGAUCAACAAAAAAGUUUGAUGCAAGUUUUUGCUGAGAUGGUACCUUCUGUUAAGCAUAGGUUAUGUUUAAGGCAUCUAUAUGCCAAUUGUAAGAAGGCAUAUGGUGGAGGGACAGUUUUGAGGGAUCUAAUCCUAUCCAUUGCUAAAGCUACCUAUGUGGAAGAGUGGGAGAGAAGAAUGAAUCUACUCAAGGAGAAAAAUAGAGACUGUUAUGAUAAACUGAUGGGAGUGGACCCAAAGUUGUGGACAAAGAGUCAUUUCACGUUCAUGGCAAAGAGUGAUAUGUUAAUGAAUAACAUAUCAGAAGCUUUCAAUGGUAGGAUUCUUGAGGCAAGAGACGAGCCCAUUCUGACGAUGUUUGAGUGGAUCAAAUACUACUGGAUGUCAAGAUUUGCAAAAAAGAAGAAGAAGGCUGAGAAGUAUGAAAGAUCCAUUCUGCCCAAACCAAAGAAAAGGUUGGAUGUUAUUGCAACAAGAAGUAUGGAAUGGCAAGCUAGAUGGGCCGGUGAGAUGAAGUUUGAGGUGCAUCACAAAAAUAGGACGAUCAUAGAAAGGUUUGUGGUGGAUCUGUUAGCUGGUACUUGCGGCUGUCGAUUUUGGGGUUUGAGUGUAUGCCAUGCCCACAUGCGUGCAGUGCCAUCUUUAAAAAGGGAGAUAAUCCUAAAGAGUAUUGUAGCAACUACUAUAGUCCAGCAGCAUACCUUGCAACAUAUGAAAAAUCAAUUGCUCCAAUUAAUGGAGAGAACAUGUGGCCGAAAGUGA